GCUUCCUGCACCCUUCCCGCCCUUGACCACUUACUUUUUUUCAUACGCCGUUCCGUUUCGCACCAAGCGGCCGGCGAGUAUAAAAGGCCACGGCGGCGAAAUGAGACCAAUCAGUAGCCCUCGAGCAGUCUAACCAAGAAGUGCACGAUGAGAUUUCUGAUUGUAGCCGCCGCCGUCCUCGCCUGCGCCGCAGCAGCACCCUCGGGUGCUCUGCUGGCCGGAGCCUACAACGCUGGCCACGGCUGGGCCGGUGGCCUGGCCCUCGGCCAUGGCGCCCACUUGGCCGUCGCCGCUCCCCUAGCCGUCGGCCACGCCGCCGUCGCACCCACCAUCCCCCCCGGUGACAUCCAAGGCGCCGCCAUCGACGCUCACGUGACCGCCUCCGACCACGCCCGCGCUUCCGUCGACGCCGCCCGCGAAUGGCACGACCAAGCCUCCGAAGUCCAAGGCCAGGCCAUCAACGCCGCUGAGGACCACGCUUGGCAAUCCGUCAACGCCGCCCAAACCGCUCAGGCUCAGAUCGACGGUGCCUCCGCCGGUGUCGCCCCCGUAGUCGCCCGUCAGCUGGCCGGACACGGUCACGUUGCCGCCUACGCCGCCGCUCCCGUCGCCGCCGCCUACGCCGCUCCCGUCGCCGCCGCCUACGCCGCGCCCGUCGCCGUCGGACACGGUGUCGGUCUCGCCGCCGGACACGGUCUCGGUCUCGCCGCCGGACACGGCGCCUGGGCUGCACCCGCCGUCGUCGCUGGAGGCUCCCACUCCGUCGCCACCUCAUCCCUGUCGCAAACCCACCCCGCGCCCGUCGUCCACGCACCCGUCGCCUACGCCGCUCAUGGCGGUUACGGCCAUGGAUGGUAAAUGCUGUGAUAGAUGUAUAGGCCAAAAAAUUUUCUCUUGUAAUACUCAAUCUUCUUAUUAAAUGUUCGGAAUGUAAUUUAUAUUGUGGAUAAUGAUAAAAAAAAAUGUACAGAUGCAAUAUACGAGGCGAGGAUGUGUGUGAAUAUACGGAUAUAACUUAUAAAAUAUA